GAAUUUCCAAUAAUAUAUUCUGCCAAGAAGUUGGGUAUGCGGAAUAUGACAGUGCACUGUUCGUACAAUUCUCGCAGCAAUACGAACAGUGCAAAUGAGCGUAUGAGAAAUACACUUGUUCUGAAAAAUGGAUUUUUAAGAUCAGUGCGAAUUGUGCUUGUGUGCAAGGAAUUAAUGCAUGGCUUUUGACGAUGUGGGGAAAUUUAGUUUUCUUUCGUUCCAUUUAAUGAAAUUUCAACUUGUAAUUAGUAUAUGUAGAGAUUCAAAAUGAAGAAAUUUAAGGAAGUAGUGAAACAGACUUUGGGUUUGAGAAACUUUUGUCAGCAUGCAUCAAAACAAGAUAUUAACCUUAUUAGAAAUAUAGGAAUUCUUGCUCAUAUUGAUGCAGGUAAAACCACUACCACUGAGCGUAUGCUGUUUUAUGCAGGAAAAAUACGUUCAAUGGGAGAAGUACACCGUGGAAACACAGUGACAGAUUUUCUUGAGCAGGAAAGAGAACGAGAAAUCCCUACAAUUCCUACAAUUCAGAAAAUGUUUACAGGAAUUACAAUUUCAUCUGCUGCUGUGUCAUUUUUCUGGAAAAAGUAUCUAUUCAAUCUUAUUGAUACACCAGGUCACAUUGACUUCACAAUUGAAGUUGAGAGAAGUCUUAAUGUACUAGAUGGUGCUGUUGUUAUUCUUGAUGGCUGUGCAGGUGUUGAAGCACAAACUUUAACAGUAUGGAGACAAGCAGAUCAUUACAAAUUGCCUCGCCUAGUCUAUGUAAAUAAAAUGGAUCGUCCAAAUUCUUCUGUAGAUAGGUGCCUUGAUACUUUACAUGGAAAACUGAAUGUUCAUCCUCUCCUCCUCCAUAUUCCUAUUUAUGAUGCAAGUCUUCAAUUAAAUGGUGUUGUUGACUUGAUCAGCAUGACACACAAUUGUUGGCAGAAAGGUGAUGGUCGUGAAUUUGAAUCUUCACCAUUAAAUCCAGAAGAACAUGGUCAGGUUUGGGAGACUGCAUUUAAACGGAGAAAUGAACUUGUUGAAAAACUAGCUGACCUUGAUGAUGCUGUAGCUGAGGAAAUCAUUAAGUCAGAAUCUCUGAAUAUUCCACCAAAUGUGAUAGUGCAAUCUGUAAGGAAGAUUACUGUAGAUCAGAAAGGAAUACCUGUUGUUUGUGGUAGUUCGUAUAAAAAUAUCGGUGUUCAGCUUCUAAUGAAUGCCAUUGUUCAUUUUUUACCAUGUCCGGUUGAAAGAAAUAACCAAAUAUCUUACUGUUUCAAAGAUGAGUUGUGUGCCAGAGCAUUCAAAGUUGUUCAUGACAGUCAAAAAAAGCCUGUCACUUUUUUUCGAAUAUAUUCAGGAUCACUUGUGAAAGGUCAGAAAAUCUAUAAUAUUCAACAAGAGAAGACAGAACAGUUGGCACGACUCAUGAUUCCAUAUGCAGAUGAAACAAUCGAUGUACCUACUGUUUCCUGUGGCAAUAUAGCUGCUGUUGGUGGUCUGAAGGAAACUAAGACUGGCGACUUUGUGACAUCUAAUGCUAGUACAGCAUCUACUGCCAAGAAGAGAUUGUUCAAAUACCAAGGGGAAUCACCCCAAGAAGGCUUUGGUGAGGCUGCUAAAGUUCCUGUUCCAGUGUUUUAUUGUUCUAUUGAAGCACCAUCUCAGGCCUAUCAGUCACAAUUAGAAUCAGCUUUAGAGCAACUGCAAAGAGAAGAUCCCAGUUUAGUUGUUAUUCAAGACGAGAUGACUGGGCAAACAGUUUUAGGAGGUAUGGGAGAACUUCAUUUAGAUAUCAUUAAAACUCGCAUUAUUUCUGAGUAUAAAAUUAAUGUUGAGCUAGGCUCUCUUCAAAUUGCUUAUCAAGAAGUCCCUCAGCAAUUGAAUAUUAAGGAAACGCAUGCGUUGAGCCAUAAAAUUGGUAAUUCACAGCAAAAAGUUACCAUUGUGAUGACUCUAUUGGCCCAGUCUGCUAAAGACAAGAGCAUAGUGUUACUUGACAGAAGCCCUGAAAGUGCCCCAAAUAUUGCCAACUUACAUCCUCGUUACCUGUUAGCAAUUACUCAAGGAGUUAAGAGGGCUUUCUUACAUGGUCCUAAACUCAGUUGCUCAGUAGUGGAUACUUGUGUAAUGCUACACUGGUGUGAGACUAGCAGAGGAACUACUGAACAUAUGGUGGGUGCUGCUGCAACUCAAUGUGUGCAAAAGAUGUUGAAGACAGUAGGAACUCGGUUAUUGGAACCUCUAAUGUCUGUUGAAGUUGUGAUUGAUAAAGACAUGUCAUCGGCAGUCUUGUCAGAUAUAUCACGUCGUAGAGGUCUUAUACAGAAAAUCACACCACGUGAACAACAAAUGGUAAUCGAGGCUCAAGUUCCUCUGGCAGAGCUUUUGGGUUAUGCAACAGACUUGCGUAAAUUGACAUCUGGCAAUGGAUCAUUUACUAUGGAAUUGGAUUCUUAUCAGGCCAUGUCAUCAGUUGAAGAAGCUAAAGCCAUGAAAAAAGUUACCGGUUUUGAUCUUUGAUUUAAAGGUUUGAUGGGAGUUUUGCAACUACCCAUUCUAGAUUGAUUCUGCAGUAGUUAAGAUGUGAAAAGUCGUGUUAAUAACUCUGUAAAUUCUACGAAUUUCAUUUGUAAGAGUUUUUAUGGAAUUUGAUACCAAAGUUGAUUAUAAAACGUUAUAGGAUAUUUUGUAGUUAAACAAGCAGUUCAAAGUCAAUAAAUUGUUUUUAUUUUAUAAUUCUUUAAAUAUAACCUGUACAUUUGGGAAAAUUCAAAAAUUUCAGUAUUGCACAUUUAACAGCACUUGAACAUAUUUACCAUUUACACAUAUAAAAACAAUAUUCAAAGUAUUAAAUACAUAGCUCCCUGGAAGUUUUCCCCAUGUUUUGGCUAGAACUAUUUUUAUGAAGUAUGAAAGUACUUACUUCGUAUAAUUUUCUUACUCCUAUGUUCACAACCUUGAGCAUAAAAAUCACUUACUGCUAAAUGUGAGCAUGAAUGUAUAUGCAAGCAGUUAACUAAUAACAUAUGUUAUAGUUCUUUAGAAGUCAUUUAAAAGAGGACUACAAGAAAGAGGGAAAUGUAUUAAUGAUUCAAACAAAAUUCACUUCGUAUUUUAUGCAGUUGUACUCCAACAUUCACAUAUAAAACAAAAAAUGAUUAAAUCAUGCAGUCUCUGAACUGGAUCCUAUAGAAACUCUUGUUGAAAAAAAAUGACUUUAAUUUAAGUUCAUACAUUUUCUCCAAACAAUAAAAUGAGCUUCUUUGAAACAUUUGUGAAAAAUAUUUUCUUCAGAACACAGAGCCAGCAAUUCAACACAUUGUUUCUUAAUCUUCCAUUUCUAGCAGUGAUAUCUUCUGAAACACUUGUAUUGGCAAGCCUGUACUGCACAUGUUUACCAGGCUUCAUUUUUCCUUGCACGAUGGAUACCUAGCAGACUAUCACAACAAGUCUGCUGGUACAAAAGCAAAUAGUUUGCAGUUUUAUGACCCAUUUAUAGUAGGUAGUGAUAAUGAGUCCAUGAAUGAAGAGGGGGUGCAUAACUCUCACUUGUAUAGAAUCUAGGAGUAUUUAAUCACUAAACAAAACUCAGUCAAGCUAGUUUCUCUUUAAAAAGCUCCAGCUUUUUAUGAAAAAAUUAAAAAAACACAGCUUUCUGGAGCAUCAAGGUACACUCCAUUGUGUUGGAUUUCCUUGAUUUAGCUUAUUUUUUUAAAUGAGAUGCAGAUAUUGGUAAAAGCAAAGAAUCUAUUCACAACAAUAAUAUAACAAAAUAUGAAAAUUAAUCUAGAGAUCAGAGUAUAUAAUAAAGAUGUUCUACAUGUAAGCUGAAAAUUUAAUAUGAAGGUUCAGCUUCCAGUGGUGGUUCUUGCUUGAAAUCCAUUCUGUACUGGUCUUCAUCUGUGAGCCCAGAUAAAAUGAUUACAGGUUGCUGAAUCGUGCCUACAUUGGUGCUUGGGCAGUUGGUAGCAAUUGGGCUAACUGGCAUGUGCCCAUUGGUAUGUAGGGGUUGGGGAGGCACGUGCUGUUGCACUUGUGGAGGACUGUUGCAUUGUACUGAUCCUUGAGGAGUAAGUGGGCUGCUGGGAGAACCUGCAGAACUUCCCCCUUGAUAACUGCCGGCUGAGGUAGCAUUUGUUGGGGUCUGGACAGUUCCAUCUGUUGUGGCUCCCACACUAGGGUCUAUGAAGACAGUACAAGGAGUAUCCGAUAAGCAGGUUGUUUGAACCAGAACAUGGACAGCUUGAGAUGGAGUAGAGACGUUCCACGAGUGGCUGUCUACAAACACAUAAGCAUUUCUUGAAGAAGGCUGUCGAUGCGUGCCACUCCAAAAAGUUUAGCAAAUUGAAUUUGCUCAAUCAUUUGCCAAGUGAUAGACUGCAAUGCUGGGAGAGUUAAUAUUAUUUCUCCAAAACGUCCUCUAGAAUCAUAUUGGCGAUCACUGAUGUAAUCUUCUAGAUUGAUCUGUAUCUGAUACCGUAAAUUCUUUAUACGGCUUGAAUCACUAAGGCCUUUGGCAUUAGGAUCAAAGAAUACAAUUGCCUUCAGGCAAGCAAAUUCUAUGUCAUCAAUUUGCACUUCAUGGAGAGGUUUGACUAGUUCAUCCAUAACUCUUCCUCCAACACGACUUAUGUCCAAAUCAGGAGAUAUUCCAGCUUCCGGGUUGCCACGUGUGAUAAUGCAGUUGUUACCCAAUAAAAGAACAUCUUUUAGGUGCAUUGACCGACGUGCCAAACCCAGCAGCAAAUGCUCACCAGCAUGAGCUCUUAGCAAUGCCACCUUUAUAAAAGAGAAUUUAUUUUUACAUUGACAGAAUACUGACAAAAAAAUAUUUAUCGGUCAUUUGUAUGUUACAUGGACUUUUUCGGACAAAAUUUCUUUAAACACAACUCAAUUUUGUGGAAGAAGUGAUUCAAUUAAAUACACAUUUUUAAAUGUUGAAAUAUGUUAAUAUUCAUUGAAUUCAGCCAAGAGGCUGAAUAUUCAAGAAGGAAUACACGACUUUCAGAAGGAAAUUUG